AUAAUACCCUCCCCCCCCCGUCCGCGGCCAGCCUAGUUACUACUUUCCAGCCGCGCUGCCGAGGCCCGGCAAACUCAGCUCAGGAGUGAGGCGGUGCUGGGCGGUGUGCGGCUGCGGGCGCCAGUCAAUGGGCUAGAGAGCGCGGCGAGCAUCCGUCCCCCGCGGGGCAGGCUGCGGCGGGGUGAGCCACGGGCGUGCUGAUAUUAAACGAUUCCACAAGAUGUUUGCGAAAGCAACAAAAAAUUUUGUGAGAGAGACUGACUGUGGCGGUGACUUGAUUCCUGUAUCCCGCUUGAAUGACUCAGAUAAAUUACAGCUUCUCAACUUAGUAACAAAGAAGAAGAAAUUGUGGUGCUGGCAGAAACCAAAGUACCAUUUCUUGACAGUCACGCUGAAUGAUGUGCUUACUGAAGACAAACCUAUAAAACCAGGCUUCUGUUUCAGGAUCUAUUGUUUUCAAGUCUGCAUUAGUCAUUUUUUAUUGUGGGCUUGUUUUUGUUUUUUUUUUCUUUUCCAAGUUGUUGUUGAGUCUGACUUUGUGAAAUAUGAGGGGAAGUUUGAAGACUUUGUCAGAGGAAGUAUUGAAACUUCAUUUGGAAAGAUCAACCUGGGUGCUGGAGGAAAAGGCUUUGUAGAAAGCCAGUCUUCGUUUGGAAACCUAAAAAAGCAGGAGGCUGAUUUGCAGCAGCUUAUGAAAGACCUCAAGGGAAGAACAAUAAAUCUAAACAAUAAUUUACUGCAACAAGUGCUAGGAAGAAAACAUGAGGUACUAUGUAUCUUGACAGAAAAGAUCGUAACAACUCAAAAGUGUUUGGUGUCUGAACAUAUUCAGACGGAAGAAAAAUAUGGUGGCGUGGUGGGACUCCGUACAAAAAUUGUAAAGGUUUCAGUGAGCGAAAAUGGGAAUGUGAGAAAGGAUUCCAAUGUGGUCUUAGAGAUUCCUGCUCCCACCACUAUUGCCUAUGGCAUAACUGAACUGUAUAUAAAGCGUGAUGGUCAGUUCGAAUUCUGUCUGCUAAAUGAGCAAGAAGGAGGUUUUGAAAGAGAAAACACAGAAGGCUCAUCUUAUCCAUAUUCUUUACCAUUUAGAGACUCUUCCUUUCUAUAUCAGCCAGACGCUGUGGAUAGUGACAGGCACUCUGGAGAUAGAAACAUCAUUCCCAGCGAUGCGUCCUUAAGUGUACUGAAACAAGAUCUGUUGCUGUUAAAGAUGCAGUUCCAACCCUUUGUGAAGCUUCCAGAAGACAAGCAAGGAGCUUUAAAUAAAAUAUUUUAUGAGCUCUUGCAUCAUGAAGAAAUUGUGAUUGCACUGGAGGAGGUGUUAGAUAGUAUUUUCACAGGAGAAGAGCCGGAUUUUACAGAUCUGAAGGAGUUGAAACCUCCACAGCAGCAAAACAUAACCGACUUCUUGCAGCUGGUCGGGUACAGUUUACAGAAUGAGCUGUUGCAGAAAGACCAGUUUCAUUAUAAGGGCCUCUUCUCAGCUGCUCACAUCCUGAUCAGUGCAGUGGCAGAAUUGUCUGACUACACACUGGCUCUGCUGCGUGCUUGCUGUGAUAUACAAAUAGUCCCUAUCCUGUGUUGUUUGCCUAAUGUCGCUUCAGCUGAUGGCACUUUGACACUGAGAGAUCCUGCCCUGGCCCCCCUGACUGACACAGGAAGAUUUCACAUAGUGCAAAGGCUGUUUGCCCUGUCAAACAUCAACCUUGAAAUGAUGGAGUCUUCAAUGAAAGCUGUAACCAUGAAAGAACCUAGCUUUUUCCCAUUCAUUCUUUAUAUUGCCUUGUAUGGAUUUUAUGCCUUAGGUGGGACCAUCUGAGGAAAAAAGAAAAACCUAGAAUAAUAGCUGAACAUACUGCACUAAUAAAUGCCAGAUCUGCCGUGCUAUAGAACCCUGCAAAUUUUGCACUCAUGUGCCUGGGAGACAACUGCAAAUCACUGAAUUUUGUAACCAAGUGGGUGAGUAAAUGAACAUGAAAAAUACAAGGGCACUGCAUCCCAGCAUGGUCAUUGUUCAUUUAGGGCCUGGGCCUGCAGAGUGCCCUCAAGUGCUACUCAACUCGGCACCUUGCAAAAUCAGGCGUUUAUUUUGUCAGUAGUAGUUUAGAUUGAUUUAUGGCAAUACUCCACAGUAUAGCAAAUACUUCAUGUCUCUCAUUUACUUUCCUAAAACUAAUCAAAUUAGUGAUUAGACCUCACUACAGCAUCUUUACCGAUCACUUUUUUGUGCAAGUUUCAGCAGCAUGCGAUGUUUGUUACACCCUAAACUCUCGCUUAAAAAUGUAAUGAUUCCUUUGGAGGUGUAUGUAUGUACUUCACUCUGGUUCAGUCCAGACAAACACUUGUUCUACCCUUCUGACCUCUUCAGUGUGGUGAUUUUUUAAUAAAAGUAAAGUAUUUGUUCUCAGUGCAUUA